AUGUCUUUCCACCAGCCAGCCAGCGACCCACCAACAAAACUCGGUAUCUAUCGUGUCCUUUCCGCUCAAGCGGGCCUGAGGGUCUCGCCAAUCACGUUUGGUGCAAUGAGUGUCGGUGAUAAAUGGGCAGCGAUGGGGAUGGGAUUGAUGGACAAGGAGUCCAGUUUCAAGCUCUUGGACGCAUACUUUGAUAUGGGUGGCAACUUCAUUGAUACUGCGAACGUUUAUCAGGACGGAGAGUGGGCCGAGAAGCGAGGCAUUCGGGACCAGCUUGUCAUAGCCACAAAGUACACGGCCAACUACCAACGCGGCGACGACUCCAUCGCACAAAAAGUAAACUACGUUGGUAACAGCUCCAAAUCACUGCACCUCAGCGUCGAAGCGAGCCUCAGAAAGCUCCGUACGUCCUAUAUCGAUAUACUUUAUGUGCACUGGUGGGAUUGGGAGACAUCGGUUCGCGAAGUCAUGGACAACCUUCACCACCUUGUUGCGCUUCGUAAAGUGCUAUACCUCGGUAUAUCCGACGCGCCUGCAUGGGUCGUGGCACAAGCGAAUCAAUACGCCCUGGACCACGGCAAGACGCCGUUUGUGGUUUACCAAGGCCGGUGGAAGGUCAUGGAGCGGUCAUUUGAGAGGGAAAUCAUACCGAUGGCAAGGGAGUUCGGUAUCGCCCUAGCUCCUUGGGAUGUUCUCGCCUCUGGGCGAUUUCGGACGGACAAGGAGGAGCAGAGGAGGAGAGAAACAGGGGAAAGGGGUAGAUCCUUCAUUCGUCAAGAUUGGGAGAGGAACGAUGUGGAAACUAAGAUGUCGAGGGCCUUGGAGGUCGUCGCGGACGAGGUCGGGGUUGGAAGCGUCACUGCUGUCGCUAUCGCAUAUGUCAUGCAAAAGGCCCCAUAUGUAUUUCCAAUCGUUGGAGGAAGGAAAAUGGAGCACCUGAAAGCGAAUAUCCAAGCUCUGGAUAUCAGAUUGUCGAAGAAACAGAUCGAGUACCUCGAGAGCGUGGUGCCGUUAGAUCCUGGCUUCCCAACAUCGAUUAUUCGAAAUGGAACGACGUAUAACAAGAGCAUGAUAGCUACUGCUAAAAUGGCCAAACAGCCGAUGCUGCAGCCUAUUUUUCCGUAG